GCGACUCCAGCCAAUGACAGCGACAUCCGCUGAUCACGUGACAGCGUCCGACGACGUCAAUUUUCUGCGACCACCUCUCCUAGACACUUUCCAUGUGAACAACUUUCGCCAAAAUGAUCGUAAAUUAAAGGUUUAAAGUGGGAUGGUGACACCAGCUGCUGAGCCGUGAGAAAGCCCUUCUUUCCUGUCUUUAGCCACUCUCUGUCUCUCAGACUCCAUGGCUGGCCGCCUCCUGGGCAGAUGUGCCCGUCUGCUCUGCAGGUCCUCCUCUCAGGCCUCAGCUGCUGCUGCUGCUCGCCUACCUCUAUCUGCUGCUGGGCCUGCAGAGUAUCAAAGAGCCAAGGGCUGGCCAUGGCUCACAGAGAGGUCAAUGUGUGAAAGAACAGCAGUUACCAAAGAAGACCACUAUUCAGUGAGCCCUACUCGCACACAGCUGGACGAAUCGGUGGACAAGGCAACAGUGCCAGAGGACAUCCUGUCUGCUUGGGAAAAGUAUGGAGGUAAUGGUAAUCAAGCUGCCACCGCCCUCAUGAAGUGGGCCCAGCUGGUACUAAAAACCAAGGGAAAGUUUAAGGAACAACAACCAGAACUGAUGAUGGAUUCAAGGCUCCUGGAUAUGAUGAAUACUUUAUCUCGGCAGGUGGCCUCUGUGUGGAACAGCAGUCUAGUGUCUGUCUUGCGAACUCUCUGGAUUAUGGGUGUUUCCCCCGGUGAUCCGGUGCUCAGUUCUGUCCAGACAGAAGUCCUGUGGAGAAUUCGAAGGCUGACGUACAGACAGCUGGGCUACUUGGUAGACUGGGGAGCAGGCAGGAAAGCUCAGCAGGAUGUGGAACUAGUGAACGCUACGCUUAAACAACUUGAACUGCGCUGGACUGAGAUUGAUGAUACGAAAACUGUCAGUGCGCUGAUAUCCAAAGGAGAACGCAUGUCGCCAAGCUUGAUGGACAGACUGGAGGACAAGGCUUUGGAGCUUGCAGAGGGCUUUUCAGGAGAAGAUAUUCGCAAAGUCUGUGUAUCUUUGGCAGCUCAGAGUCGCAGAAGCGUCCCACUUCUCAGGGCUCUGUCCUACCACCUUCUCCAGAAACCCUCGGCGGAGUUCACCACACCUUUGAUAAUGGACAUGGCCUUUGCACACGGGAAGCUGAGUUUCCACCAUUCUCAGGUAUUUCAGCGAAUGGCCUCGGAGUUAUUACCCAGAGUCCCUGAGCUCAGUUCUGCUGACAUCACACGCUGUGCUAAGUCACUUGGUUUUCUCAAAUGGCUCCAUAUGCCUCUAUUUGAAGCCUUUGCUGAGCACUACACAGCAAACAGCGACAAGUAUACUACUUCUCAGCUGUGUAAUCUGCUCAUGACUUUUGCCAGACUGGGCUUUCAGCCCAGCAAAGGAGAAGAGUUCUUUAACAAGGUGCACUCUGUGUUGGAGAAGGCUGUCUCAGGCCUGGAACCCUUUCUGAAAACGGAUGUGGUUUGGUCUCUGUGUGUGCUACAGCAGGCCAAACCCCACUAUCUCAUUCCCCUCAUACAGCAAAAUCACGUUUCCAAACUUUCAGAAGGAAGUCCAGCUCGAGCAGAGAACUACAAACUGAAGCUCUUGCAUAUCGCUGCUACUCUCAGCUUGGAGCAUCCUGGUUCUUUGGAUACUCUGUCCUCUCAGAGUGUCCCGUCUUUCCCGGCCAGCAGCUCCCCCCUGUCCCCUCUGCAGAGAACCCUGAGAGAAACAUUACUGAAGUUUGUGGGCGGGAGGUCAGAAGCCCUUCGCAUUGGUGCUGACACAGUGUAUGGAUGGACUAUUGAUGGUGAGCUCGUCGUGGAUGCUGACAACAAACCAGUUGACAUGGUAACAAUAAAAGCCCCUCAUCUACCAAGCGGAGGAGGAGAUCAGGCUUUACCCACAGGAGCACGGCGGGUAGCUUUCCUAUCUUGGGAAUUUCCCAACUUUGGCUCAAAGAGUAAAGACCUUCUGGGACGUUUUGUCAUGAUGAAGCGACAUCUUCAGUUGGCUGGCUUCAUCACAGUAGAGGUGCCGUAUUACGAGUGGCUGGAGCUCAAGACAGAGUGGCAGAAAUUAGCCUACCUCAAAGAUAAAAUGGGGAAGGCUGUGGCCGAGGACAUGGCCAAGUGAACUGGGCAACAUUUGCAGGCUCAGCUAAAUCGGAGCUUUCCCAAUCAAAUGUGGGACCACCGGGAAUACACACACCCACGUUCACACACUCAGAACAGAGCAGCAUUGCAGAGAAGCUCUCAUAUACUGGCACGAAAAAAAGAAAAGGAAAAAAAAAAGCAUAUAAUUUCCAUCUGGUUCCCUUGGAAACGUGUGGGGCUUUCCCUGUUUCCAUGGUGACAGUGAUAGAGUUUUGGAGCCAGAGAGAGGCUGAAAUGAACACAAGGCUUCUGCAGAAAUUUUAUGAUCGAGGACUAAGUCAUCAGUGGUGACAAGGCAAAACCGAAGCAGCACGGCUGUGUUUCAAUUUGUUCCUAAUGUGCUCAGCGUCAGGGUGUGAAUAUACUGAAAUAACUUAUCUCUGAAUGUGUGUCAUCUUGUGAUGGAAUAAAUUGUUUUAUUUAAUUUUC